UGUGCCUACUUUUUUUUGAUCCAGCUUAUGCAACCAUAGAUUGUAAAUGUAAAUUAUUGUAAAAUGAUUGUAUACAAUAUACAUUGUAAAAUGCAAUUUCAAAAUAAGAGAUCGUAAUUUUAUUAUCAAUGGAAUUAAGAUAAAUCCAUAAAUAAAAAAAUAGUCUAUAAAUGAAUUACGUGUGUAUGGACACGUAUUUUGACACAAAGUAGUAAAAAAUAUAAAUAGAAUUAAUAAUCAUAUCAUAACCUAGCUUUAGCUGGCCUGGCCUGGCUAAAAACAGACGAUUUUUGAGUAAUCCUAGUUUAAUUUCUAGGACGUUGAUCUAUCUAUGGAAAUUGAGGAUUAUAAGUAGGGCAUAUAUUUAAAUGAAAUCAGUGUUCAAAAUAUCAUCUUUUACCUAACUUAAUUUAAUCCAUCAAAAAAAUAUAUCAACCAACUGUUCAGUUAAAAUAAUAUGCACAAGCCAUGGCGCCCCUCAAAAAAUAUCAAAAUUAUAGAAAAUACCUGGAAAAGGAUUAUAUUAUGAAAUUAAUUUUUGACCCUCAUUAUUUGUGGCCAGUAUGUAUUGUUUUGUUAAUAUUCGAGUUUCUGUUAAAUUUAAUGAUAAUCCAUAGAGUAAAGUACACAGAAAUCGACUGGAUCGCUUAUAUGCAAGAGGUGGAAGGAUUUCUCAAUGGAACAUUGGAUUACAAAGAAUUAAAAGGUGAUACAGGACCCUUGGUGUAUCCUGCAGGAUUCGUGUACAUUUACACCCUUUUCUACUAUGUAACGUCAAAAGGAACUAACAUAUUGCUCGCUCAAUAUAUUUUUCUAUUUUUAUAUCUAUUACAAACAUAUCUAAUUCAGCGCAUAUUUAGAAAAACCAUGAAAAUACCCCCAUAUGCUUUAGUUAUAGCAACUUUGACAUCAUACCGAAUCCACUCUAUAUUUGUCUUGAGAUUGUUCAAUGAUCCUAUUGCUGUACUGUUAUUUUACAUUAGUUUAAACCUCUUUAUGGAUGAUCGAUGGAAGUUGGGUAGCAUUUUUUACUCACUAGCAGUGUCCGUGAAGAUGAAUAUUUUGCUGUAUGCUCCAUGCCUUCUCUUAGCUUAUUUAGUAAAUUUAACGUAUUUAGAAACUUUUGUUAAUUUAUUUAUUUGUGGUUUAAUUCAACUUGUAUUAGGUCUUCCCUUUUUGUACGGGAAUUUUAUAUCAUAUAUUAAAGGCAGCUUUGAUUUGGGUCGUGUAUUUGAACAUAAAUGGACAGUGAACUUUCGUUUUCUACCCAGAGAAAUUUUUGAAAAUCGAAUUCUACAUAUAGGUCUUCUUCUUUUACACAUACUACUUUUGUUGUUGUUUUUGCCACAUUUCAAGAGAUAUUUAACAAGCUAUGCUAAACUUAAGGUGGUAACUGAAGAAUAUAGACUGCAUUUAUCAAAAGAAAAACAAGAGACUGAAGAAAAAGAAAGAAAAGAGAACAAAAAAAUGUCGAAAGGCCAAAAAGCGUUCCUCAAAUCUUUCGAGAGUCAACUAAAAGAUAGUGGAAGGGUAAAAGAAGAGAACGAUUCUAAGUUUGAAGACAAGCUUUCUAAAAUAGCUCAAUUGUUUGUACUUCCAUUCUUUGUUUCCAAUUUAAUAGGAGUUGCUUGUGCUAGAUCCCUGCAUUAUCAGUUUUACAGCUGGUAUUUUCAUAGUUUGUUAUAUUUGGUGUUCUCUACUGAAUACAGGAUACAGUACAGAUUUUUGCUCUUGGCAUUGAUUGAAUAUUGCUGGAAUGUUUACCCAAGUACAAAUUUCUCUAGUGGCUUGUUACAUUGUUGCCAUGUUGUCUUGUUAUUUGGUGUUUACAGGACAAUGAAGAAAUAAAUCAGUGGUAAAUGAACAAAAUCAAUUUUUUAUACUUUAUAUUAUGGCAUAAUAUUGUGUUGCAGUGUUGUCAAGUUGUUAAAAAAUGUGUAUUUGUUAUUAAAAUAUUUUCCCUGGUAUCAAUAUAUAAACAAUUUAAUUCUAUGGCUGUUUUUGAGAUUUUUAAAAUAUGAUUUACAAAAACUAUUGUGCCGUAAAUAACAGUGUAAAUUUGUAAAUAUAUAGAUAUUUAUUUUUAUCUGAGAAAACAAUAAAAGAUAUUAUGAGCACAAAA